CCUCCUCUCUGGACCACGAUCUGCCACACAUUAACGGACGAUUAGCCUGAUUGUUUUUUCUUAGGUUUUCCUCUUUUUCCUAUUUCCCUCUUUUCCCCCUCUUUUUUUUUCUUCUUUUGCUUCGGCAUUCCGCAUUCUUUCGCAUCAUGAAGUUGUUGCCUCGCAAUCUUCAUGGUUACAAAGUGGCUGUCAUCACAGCCGCAUGUCUCUCGUUAACCCAGGCGAAACCGAGCGAUCCUUGUGCCGCCAUUGCUGGUAAAUCCAUUGCCACUUUUCAUGAAGCCAAAGCUUGUCUGCAACACUUUCCGUUUGACGAAUCGGUGGCAAAUCAGACGUUGGAUACUGUACGCAGAGUUGCCACCGAUCUUUAUGUUUUCAAUGAAAUUGCGGCGUCGCCUCCCCAGGUCGAAGGAUUAUCAGUGGUUCCUGUUAAUAUCACGUACGGACUCGACGUAAUCAAAAACACAAAGUGGCAUUCCGAUCAAGAAUUCCAUGAUGCUGUUGCUUUAUUAUUAGAUAAAGUUCACGAUGCUCAUCUGGUUUACUCGCCUUUCUGCUACCGUCAAUUUGUAUUCUGGCAACCGAUUCAGCUGAAUGCUCUUAUUCGCCAUCGUCGCUUGGUGAUCAACGUAGCCUAUGUGAAAACCGAUAUCUGGCCUGACGCCAAAGAAUCUUGGACCGGUUGCGAAGUAACUCACAUCGAUGAACGUGAAGCUUUAGACAUGGUCGUCGAUUACGCGGUCAAUAACAAUGGUGAAAGCAAAGAUGUCAACACAUGUCUCAACAACAUCAUGAACACAAAGAGUUAUUUCCACGGCUGGGACGAUGGUGCGGAUGAUCUCGGAUAUCAUCGUUUCUUACCCGCACAAGAAAUGCACUCCUAUACCCUUCGCUGUCCGAAGAACAACACCCAGUCAGAUCGUGAAGAGUACGACGAGCCUUUUACUGUAAAAGUACCUUGGGUUGCCCAGGUUCCGCAAGGUUUCAGCGACGCCAAUUCUUACUGGAACAAGUAUUGUCAAUCGUCUCAUGCCAAUAUGCGCAAACGCAAUUUGGCAAGCUCCGACAACUUUUUAGACGUGGAUGAACUGAAGAUGAUUCACGAAGGACAGGCUUUUGAUUUAUCACCCGAAGCUAUUAACGGUGUUGGUGGCCGCAAAGGUCCUUACGCACAGUUCAUUCCGUUAAAGGGAGAAAACAGCAAAGUCGGUGUCAUUGAUAUUCAAAGUUUCUCCAUCUCGAGCGAAGAUCGACAAGAAUUCGUAAACAACUUUACAGCCGGCUUGAAACAGUUUGAAAAGGAUGGCAUCGAAAAGAUUAUUUUGGAUCUUUCAUCCAAUGGCGGCGGUGAUGCUUGUGCUGGUGAAUUCAUGAUCAAUACAUUUUUCGGUUCCACUCCAGAUUAUCCUUCGGAUGUGAAGUAUUCGCCCUUCCUCGAACGUGUGGUGAAGAAAGCUUAUGAAACGCAGGCUACAAAGUGGAUUGAUUAUCGUUCGGACAAGUACAAGGGUUCUGAUUGGUAUACACACACCGUGUCGUACACUCGUGGCAAGGAGCAGGUCAAAUUUUCGCAGCCUAUCUCUUUGAGCUGUGCUACGUGGAAUGACGAGCUUUCCAAUGUUAAAUACAACAAUACCAAAUGGAAAGCGUCGGAUAUUUUGAUUUUAUCAGACGGUCGUUGCGGUUCGACCUGUGCUAUUGUGGCUUCUCGCUUGCGUUUGUCCCACAAAGUACCUGCUAUGGGACUCGGCGGUAUCCGUGGUAACCGUAUGCAGUUUGCUUCCUUCCCCGGUGGAGAAAGCGAACGUCUUUCUGGCUUUCUGAUGGAUUUGCAAGCACUCGAUCUCCAAAAUGAUCCGGACGCUCCCGCCCCGUUCCCCAUCCGUGCGGAUAUGGGAUGGACCUUCCGCGAAGUAUAUAAGCCAGGCCAAGUUGGCAACGAGAAGGAUUUGUUGGAAUAUAGUGUCAACAAUGCUGAUUGUCGCAUGCAUUUCGACGAUGAAAAUGCCGAUGAUGUAGAAAAGUUGUGGGCUGAUGUGGCGCAGGUGUUGCUCAAUGGCCAGUGUCCUUUGAUAUAACUCAUAUCCCUAUUUCUGUUUUUUUCUCUCUUGUCUUUGUACCGUUUCCCUCUUCCUGCUCCUAUCUCUUCACCGUAUUUAAAUAUAUCCUAUUCAAUGUACAAUACUCUAGACAUCACGUCGGAUGUUUUUAAGUGACUGCAGGUUUUUGCUAAUGAUUCCCACAGUGUAUUGUGAGGUGACAGACAUUGAACGAGGUGAAGUCGGCGCUUUUUUGCA